CCCUGAAGUACCCUUCUUCUCUUCCUAGGUAGCAAACAGUUUUCCAAUUUCGCUUAUUCUAAAAAAGAAUGCAUACCUUCCGCAUUAUAACUUCUACGUUAAAUUUGCCGCUCAGAUUUGUAAGACCAACGAUAUCGAAGAAACAAUUUCUCUUCUCCAAUUUGAAACUUGAUUUUCACUCUUCCAAUUUAAGAAGUAGAGUUAGGAUGAGCAGCAGUAGCACAGUGACUGAACCAAUUUUUCCUAACUUCAUUCCCGUUGUCGAUAAAGAAGACCAAGGAAGUCUUUCAAGAAGUACAAGUGAUGGUUUGAGAUUCCGUAUUGUGUCAUACAAUAUCUUGGGCCAGUGUUAUGUGAAGAGUUCUUACUUUCCACACUCUCCGAAGCCCUGCCUUAGGUUUAAGGCACGAUCCGAAGCAGUUUUGUCAACUCUUAAAAGCCUCGAGUCUGAUUUCUUAUGCUUACAGGAACUAGACGAGUACGACAGCUUCUACAAAGAAAAUGUUGAAAGUCUUGGAUACUCGAGUAUAUAUAUUCAGAGAAGUGGAAAGAAGCGCGACGGUUGUGCAAUCUUCUACAAGUGCAAUAGUGCAGAAUUGGUCUUGGAGGACACAAUAGACUACAACGAUCUUGUAGAGUCUGUUCAAAAUAAAGCGGUAUCUAUUUCAUCCAAGGAAGAUUUUGGUGACCGUGGAGAUCCUAAUGAUCCCCGUGUAAGGUUAAAACGUGACUGUGUGGGGAUAAUGGGAGCAUUUAAACUUAAGGAUCUUCAGCAACAUCUGAUUAUUUUGGCAAAUACACAUAUUUACUGGGAUCCUGAAUGGACUGAUGUGAAGCUUGCACAAGUAAAAUAUCUUCUAUCACGGUUGGCUCGGUUUAAAGAGGUUGCUUCAAACAAAUUCGGUUGCACAUCUUCUGUUGUUUUAUGUGGCGACUUCAACUCUACACCUGGAGAUAAGGUAUACGAAUACCUUAUCUCAGGGAAUUCUACUGUGAUCCCGAUGGUAGAAAAUACUGAAGAGCGACCAAUUUCCUUGCAGAGUGUUUACGCUUCUAUUGGAGGUGAACCACUGUUUACAAACUGCACGCCGGGUUUCACUGGUACUCUCGAUUACAUAUUCUUUUCCCCCUCUGGGCACCUAAAACCGGUUAGCUACCUUGACCUUCCUGCCAGUCCUCAGUCGGCUGAUGUAGUUGGUGGACUACCAAACUACCAUCACCCGAGCGAUCAUUUACCUGUAGGGACUGAUUUUGAAGUUUGUAGGACGUUAGAAUUCGAUCCAGACGGUGCUUCUAUUGAUACAAAAUUAGAAUUAUGACUUGGAUCAUUUGUUAGCUAGUAAUUAGGAAAAUGGAAACUUCGGCCUUCUUGUUAUCGUCUCUACAAAUCUAACUUUUGUGAGAAUGUUUUGCUUGAGUGCAACUGUCAGCUAGCACAGUUGAAUUCCAGCUAGUGUCAAAGUUGGCUGAUCACUUCUAAACUUGCUCACACAUUUACCUUGGCCCCGAUAUAAUAAAUGUUGUUGCUCGAAUUUGUUUUGUUAAAGUAACUGCUACAGCUGCUUCCUUACAUAAAUUACAUACUCGUUCUUGUUGCUCGAAUUUAUAAAUUACAUAUUCGUUCUUGUUAUAA